GCCUAGUCGCAAAUAAAUUGAUCUUUUUUAUCGUCAUUAAUUGUGCUACUCAUCAUACUUGUGAACUAUUUGUUCAAUGACUGUUCGAUCCGGUGUGGGCGUUAAAGUAUAAUAAUGCGAUUAACUUUUUAAACUGUUCGAUGGUGAUCGUGAUUACGUAGUGUGUGUAGAAAAAACGUUUCUACAUUUCAGUGAAAAUUAUUUCAAUACACAAGAAGGUGGAAUAUGCCAGUCAUAUCAGCGUAUUCAUCUAGUGGCAGUAGAUAUAUUCAACCGCCUUCCAGUACAUUAACAAGAUCCAACUACUCCGAUCGCAUAUAUUAUUCACCAUUACUGAGCAACAAUAAGACAUACAGUAUUAGCAACAGUGGUCUUUAUCGCAAAAGUUCAUAUCGUUUUGAUACACCAUUUUCGUCAACUACCUCAUCUUCGCUUUAUCAUCGACGUGAAGAACGCGACUAUAGCAGCAAAAAUCGUACUCUCUGCAAAAAUUCAGAAGUCACAUCUGACAGUCUUAAAGCCACUGUUGAUACCAACGAAGCCAACACAAACGGUGGUAUCGAUAGUAUCAAAAACAGCGAACGCAGAACCACUAACAGCAACAGAUCCAGUAGAUAUUCAUCGACGGUCAGCAAUUACGCUGCACCGACAAGUCUACGAAGCAGUGGUAACUACGUUUCGAAUCUACGUAACACAGCGUUAAGUGGAGCGGAAAUUUAUCAACGCUAUAGUAUCUCGAACUAUAAACCUUCAUCUAGCGUUGCGACUCGUAUAACGCAAUCGAGUUUAGCUUACACCGGAAGUUUACAAGACAAUUCAAAUUUGAACAAAGACUCAUCGCUAGUUGUUUCUCCCGAGGAUAGACAUCAUUAUAACAACAAUAGCAAGGCUACGAUCAGGCUACGCCCCCCAACUUCAUCGCAGAACUUGACAAAUGCAAACAGCAAAAACAAAUCAACCAAUGAGAGUUUUAAACUAGAAGAUUCAGUUGUGACGUCGAUACCAUCGGCUUCAGCGUUAGUGACUGCAAUUGUAACAACCGACGAUUUGGGUGACGAAGAUGUCGGAGAAACAAAAGUUACAGCAAACGAUGGGAAAGACCUUCAGGUCACAGCCACAAUACGUAUAAAGCCAAAAGGCAGUACAAGUAAAAUUCCGGAUAAAGAAAAAAGAAGAGAAAGUGGAAAUAACAUCCCUGAGAGCAGAAGUGUAAUGAACGAUAGCAAUGUAAUCGCUACUAGUAAAACAAACAACAGAAGCAGCAUCAGAAACAUAAAGGGAAUCAAUGAUGACGAGUUUGAAGAUGAAAACCGAAGUAAAACGAAAAGUUUUCAUUAUUAUCAAACGGUUGACAAAAACAGUGAUAAAAUCGUGAACAACGGCAAUGACCAUGGAGAGGAAAAGAAGACUUUGGCGGUUAAUGACGUUAGUCACGCAUCAAACACCUCUGUCCUUAGCACCGCGCAAAAUGAAUACAAUGAAUCAGAAAAAGAAUGCAAUGUUGAUCAGGCCAUAAAUCUUCGGCACAGUGUGGACUUGCACAACACUGUCAAACCGUCACGAAACUACCAUGAUCAAUCUACUACGGAAAAUGAUGCAACAACAUCGUCAUCUAGAUUGUCCACGUCACUCAAGUCCAGUUAUGAGCAAUUGUCGGACACUACUGAUUCCUCACGGAGCUCUAAAGCAGGACUCUGUGGUUUAUGGAAUAUCGGGAAUACAUGCUUCAUGAAUUCUAUGAUUCAAUGUCUCAGUAAUACUCGCGAACUUACAUCAUUUCUUCGAAGUCAACCAUCAACCGAAUUAGGUACAAACAAGGAUCACCGCAUAUUGGCAGAAUAUACCAAAUUAAUUAAAAAUAUGUGGAGCGGAUCACAACGAAGCAUUAACCCGUCAGAUUUAAAACACACUUUCUCUAGCAAACACCGAAUGUAUUCCGGGUCAGCGCAACAAGAUGCUCAGGAAUUUCUAAGAUUUUUCCUUGAUUCAUUACACGGAGCAUUGAACGUGGCUGUCAAGCGAGAUCCUUUAGGUGAAAUCGAUGAUGCAAUGAACAGCCGGGUUAAAGCAGACAUGCUUUGGGAAUGGUAUUCAAAAGCUGAAAAUUCGGUCAUAAAAGAUUUAUUUGUUGGACAAUUAAGAAGUACUCUUAAGUGCACACAUUGCGAUACCGAAAGUACGAUGUUUGAUCCCUUCUGGGAUUUAAGUCUUCCACUGCCCACAUCGAAUUCGCGAUGUAAACUUGAAAAUUGUCUCGAAAUGUUUAUAAAAGAAGAGAUCCUCGACGGUAUCGAUCAGCCCACUUGUUCUCAUUGUGAAACUCGACGAAAAUGCACUAAAAGCUUGACAAUCGAGCGGUUCCCGCGGUAUCUCGUGAUUCAUCUUAAACGAUUCUCAGAAACUCGUUUCAGCAAACUAACAAAUACAGUAGAAUUUCCAACAAAGAAACGGGAACUUAAUCUUCAACCGUAUGCAUCUGAAGAUAUUUCUGGACCCGUAUACUAUUCCCUGUAUGGAAUUUCGAAUCACAUAGGGUCUACUGCUGGUGGUCAUUAUGUAGCGGUAUGCAAGCAUCCAACAAUUCAAGAAUGGAAUGAGUUUAAUGAUAACUACGUCAGCGAAACAUCUGAACGAAAUUUAGUAACUUCGAAUGCGUAUGUUUUAUUUUAUGAACGAGCAUAGAUGAUUAUGUAAUUCUAAAAUCUGAAUGCUUGAAUGGCAAAUAGUAGCUAUUGUUGAUACUUCUCAUCUGGGCGAAUGUCAUAGAAAUAUAUUUUUGUUUUAUUUUUGGCAGUAACAGGUGAAACUGUAUUUAUUGAAAAUAGUUUUGCAAAACUUCCCUUUUUAUGGAACAGUUUACAAUAGCAACAAUUUAAAAGAUUUUUUUUUGCAAAGAUAUUGUACAUGGAACAAAACCUGUCGUUAUAUGAUUGAAAUACAUUUUUUACAGCUCUACAUCAAUCAAUAACUUAACUUAAUUUGCUUAAAACCAGGAAGGCUAUACAUAUUUGAAUAUAAAUCAGGUCUUUAACAGUUCGAAUACAAAUUUGUUUGCUUUUGGUAACACUGUUUCAUUUAGUUUUUUUAUAUUGGAACGGAAGGUGCUUGGUGAUGAACGAACAAGUGAGACUGCUGGAUUGAAAUUCGUAAUCCAUACAAGGGCGAAAGGAAUGGUAUGAGAAAGAAAGUAAUUGAUGUGAUUUACAAUCUUGUGAACAAAACAUCUGGCAACGAAGGAGAGCGUCGGAGUCCAGUGGGCAGUGCAGCAGUCGGAUAAAUACAGUUCUAAAUAAUGCUUACUAGACCCUGUCUGGAAGUAUCCACAGAGUUACGUCUAUAACUACUGUUGGAUCAGAAGUUAUUAAACAGGAUUUGUUGAAGGAAAACGCACCACUAAUCAAAACUAUGCGCUACGACAAAUGAAAAACUUAUUUAUUGAUUUCAAAACAGCCUGCGGGGACAUCUGUAUC